CCGGGAUGCGAGGGAGGGAGGAGCAGCAGCAGUAGUAGUAGUUUAAAUUAAUGUCAACCUGCCUCAGCGCCGGGAGAACAAACUCAGCGCAGAUAGCGAAAGUACAUGCUCAGCGCAACCUGCGAGCCGCUCUACAAACUUUAGCAUGGCACGGCGGCCGAGAAACAGUGUUUACAGUAGUGAGGAAGAUGAAGAGGAGACUGAGAUGUAUGAACAUGAUUAUGAUGGAUCACUGGCCAAGACAGGGAAACGCCACCUCGGCAAAACACGCUGGACACGAGAAGAGGAUGAGAAGUUGAAGAAACUUGUUGAGCUUCAUGGAUCAGAAGACUGGAAACUCAUUGCAAGCUUAUUAACUAAUCGUACAGAUGUGCAGUGUCAGCACAGGUGGCAGAAGGUGCUGAACCCAGAACUCAUCAAAGGGCCCUGGACUAAAGAAGAGGACCAGAGGGUGAUCGAGCUGGUCCAGAAGUACGGAGCCAAGCGCUGGUCGGUGAUCGCCAAGCACCUGAAGGGGCGGAUCGGCAAGCAGUGCCGCGAGCGCUGGCACAACCACCUGAACCCGGAGGUGAAGAAGACAUCGUGGACCGAGGAGGAGGACCGAAUCAUCUACCAGGCACACGAGAAGCUGGGCAAUCGCUGGGCCGAAAUCGCAAAGCUGCUCCCUGGCAGGACUGACAAUGCUAUAAAGAACCACUGGAACUCCACCAUGAGGCGGAAGGUGGAACAGGAGGGCUACCUUCAGAACACGUCAAAGAGCAGCAACUCCUCGCUCUCCAUCGGCCACGGCUACGUCAAGAGCGCCGGUCACAUCAUGGGUUUCCCCAACCACUCGCCCAAUCAAGCGCAGCUGCCUCCCUUGCCACCAAUCAACUACACCUACAUCUCCAACACACACAGAGUGCCCUUCCCCAUGGCCUUGCAUUUGAACAUCCUGAAUAUUCCUCAGCCUGGAACCGCUGCUAUACAGAGACACUAUAGUGAGGAGGACCCUGAGAAGGAGCAGAGGGUGAAAGAGAUCGAACUGCUGCUCAUGUCGACAGAAAAUGAGCUGAGAGGCCAGCCAUCACUACCAAUCAAUUUGCCCUAUCCAAGCUGGGCCAGCCAGAGCUCUUUGACCAGCAGUUCAGAGGGUGUGGCCAUGUCAUUACCUCAUCAUCACGCAGCCGCCCCCGCCCUGCCUCUCGACCAGAGCUGCCUACCAGAGGAGAGCGCCUCCGCAACACGUGCCCACAGCAACACCAGCAGCAACAAUAACAACAACAACAACAGCAACAGUCAUCACAGCAGCCCAGCGUUCUCAAAUCCUAUUCCAGAGUUCAUGGAAUCUGUUAUUGAUUCAGUAAGUAUCUGCAGCUCCAGCUUCUCCUCAGUGGGUGAGGCCAAAACAGACAGGGUCUUGCCCUAUCAGGGCCCAAGAACUGCUCAUGGAGCAUGGGCUACUUUCACCUGCUCAACUCCCAAGCCUUCAUCAGUCAGAAAUCUACCCUUUUCACCCUCACAGUUUCUCAACCAGUCAAUGAGCCCAGAACACUCCGACAACGACAGUUUACCAAUGAACUCACCUGUGGAGUCCAAGCCUCUGAUCGACCACUCUAUCAGGCCUCAGAAAGAGAAUGAAAUGUUCAGAACUCCAAACAUUUGUCGCUCCAUCCUGGAGUCAUCGCCUCGCACACCCACACCUUUCAGGUCAGCUCUGGCCAUGCAGGAAGCCAAGUAUGGGCCCCUCAAACUACUGAAUACCCCCCUGGAGCAGCAGAUGGUCACGUCCAUCAAACAGGAGCCAAUGGAGUGUGCCAUUGAGCAGCCUCCUCUGAAGAAGAUAAAACAAGAGGUGGAGUCCCCAUGUGAGAGGAGCCCAUGUAUGCAGUGGGAAGCACAAGACCUUCACACACAGCUCUUCUCCCCCAACGGCCCUGCACAGGAAGUACCUGACCUACUUACAAGCUCACUACUGAGUGAAGAAGGACACAAAACCUACCACCUCCCUCGCAGAGGCAUGGGCAGCCCACUACAGCAGCUCAGUUCCUGGGAGCAGGCAACCUGUGGGAAAACAGAGGAGCACAUUUUGGCCUCGGAGCAGAGCCACAAGUACAUCAACACUUACCCUACGAGGACACUGGUCAUGUAGACAGAGACACAUGUUGAUCCGGAGACAUCAACAUUCCCUGUGCUGGACGCAGCGCGGCGGGUUUCAUAUUUGUUGUGGUACAACAGUUGGGAGAGGCUCUACGCCACUAGUGUUUUUACACUCACACUUGUUGGAUUUCAACCAACCAAAGACUCACUUUUUUGUUUUGUUUUUUAAAUAUCAUUUACAUAAAAUUUGCUUUGGGUUUUUAUAAAUGUUUGUCCUAUCAUUUGUUGGUCUCGUUAUUAUCAAUGUUGUAUUAUAAAUGGGAUAUGGUGGCUAUAUGAUUUGGGCUGUAUUAUUAAUUCCGAAUUUUGAUAUUAAUAUAAAGAACAAGUUGAUUAAUUUAUUUCUUUUGUUUUUAUGAUGACUCUGUUUAUGUUUUUUUUUUUUUUUUUUAAACAAUUGGCCAUUGGAGCAGUGUUGUAAGUUAAGUAUUUAAGCCCUAUUAGCAUUAUCAUUUAUACAAAGGCAUAUUCAUGAAUUCAAAACUGACCUCUGAAACUUCUUCUGUUUUGCCUUUUUUUUCAAUAGGAUAUAAUGGGUCUACUGAGAAUUUCAAGUGUUUGGUCUGUGCCACCUCAUGUAAACACUUAACUACUGAACAAGAACAGCUAUGUCUGUCCUUACGUCAUUAUUCAGCUAUGAACUAUAAUGUUUUUCACAAGCCAGCCUUAUUAGUAUUACCUGAUCACCACAUUGGCACCUUUAUUUCAAGAAAAUUUAACUGAACUGAAAAAAAAAAAAAAAUCAUUUCAGCUUUCAAUUUAUUUCUGGUCUUCACAGUAUCAUGUCUGAGGAAACAUUCAAUGAACAACCAAAUAUAUUUGUUAAAAAUUUAAGUAUAUUUAUAUACAGUAUAAUUAUACAUGAAAAAAUAUUAAAUGAGCUUUUAUGUUUGAAUCCUUGCGCUUUCACCCAGUAAGAGUAAGACCAAGCUGCACUUGAAUUUUAUAUUCUCCGUAAAAAAUCGAGAGUACUAAACACUGAUAUUUUAUAUUGUGCUGCAAACAAAAGCCCAGCUGAAACUUUUGUAUGGUUGUUGUUUCUAAACAUUUCUUUGAAUAGUUUUGUACUGUUUUAUAAUGCAUAUUCAAUCAGCAUUUUGUUUUCAUACUUCAUACAAGACUGCAGUAGCCCAUGUCAAACACUUAGCAAUCUUUUUUAUGCAUUUUAAUCUUCUUUUGAUACUAGCUUUUGAGCAAAUAUGAUUUUAUGAAAGCAUUUAUACAUGUCAAGUUUUGAUGUUUUUUUAUACUUUUUUAAACUGCCUAGUAAAUAAAGUGUGAUGUUUUAUUA